AUUCUAGUGGUAAAAACUCAUUAUAAUAAUAAUAAUUCUCUUUGAUAAACAAAAGGAAAAUGGCAAAUAUUAAUAAUAUAUGGAAGAUGAUGGUUAGUCGUUGCAACAAUGUUGCAACCGAAUAUACUUUAUAGUUACUGUGUAAUUUAUUUGGUUUUAUUUUCAUUUCCUAAUCUCUUUCUGUAAUUUGCUUCUAUGUGUUUUUAUUUUAAAGCGCUAAAUUAUAUAAAAAAUAAAUUAAACAUAACUGAAAAAAAUCGAUUAUUGCGAGUAUUUUACGACGUAACGCUAAAUGUCAAAUUGAGUUUCGACAAUCUACCUCUAAUGUGUUUACGAAGUUUUCAAACAAGAAAUAAUACUUAUUUUAUACGAAAAUAUGGGGAUUAUUACGUCCUGUUGUAAGCCAUCAGCCUCAGAUGUGCUAACUCCAGACACAGAGACCAGACGUCGCCAGCAGGUGGAAGCGGCUGAACGUCGUCGGGCGCAAGAAGCCGCCCGAGGCGUGAAGGACCCUGAGCGAGUUAAACGCAUGCAGCAGCGAGCUGAAGAGAUGGAACAGCGGGAACAGGAGCUCGCCAAGCAGGGCGGAGCUACUCUGAAGUGGUCGGCUGAAUGAGAUCAGGCCCAAGGCACCAGCAGCCAGACACCAAAUGAGAAAUAUAAAUACAAGAACUGAGAUUCUUAGUUAUCUGUGGACCGACCACAAACAAUAAUGUCUAUAAAUGUCUAUUGUCUAUGCUAUCGUCUAUGAGCUUACCGAUUUUUGGAUUCCAUUCUUUACAAUCCCAUCACUACACAUUUUCUAUAACUCUUUCGAUGUUUCUGUAUAAUAAGCUAUCUAGUUAAUUUAUUUAUGUAUAUUAUGAAUAAGGUCUUAUGAAUUAAGUUAAACGUUGUUGUAAGGU